UUGAAUGGCUUACUGUGUACUGCAAAGUAAUUGAUUAGAUUCCAAAAGUUGAAAAGAUGUUUUUCUAACUUUUUGUUUUGAAAUGAGAAUUUUAUUACCUGUUCAACGAGUGCAAGAGGAUUAUAAGAGAGAAAAAUCUUUUUAGGGAGAAAGAAGCCCCUUUAUAGCAUGUCACAUAAUCUGCUAUAGCUCAGGUUUUGCUGUUCUGCAGCUAUCAAAGAGAACUUUUGAAAUUCUGAGUUUGUGAGAUCAAUGUUUUCUCCUUCUCUUCAGCUCAGUAAUUACUCAUCCAUGGAAGGUGUUCUAUAUUGCAAACCUCAUUUUGAACAACUCUUUAGAGAGGCAGGCAACUUUAACAAGAAUUUUCAGUCACCUGCAAAAUCCUCAGAGAAGUUAACUCCAGAGUUUACGAGAUCUCCUAGCAAAGCUGCUGGCAUGUUCUCAGGAACACAAGAAAAGUGUGCCAUUUGUUCAAAGACAGUAUAUCCCCUUGAAAAGGUUGGGUCCUUUUUUCAUUACUUAUAA